UGGGUUUAAUCCGUUAAAGGAUUGUGAAGUGAUUGGUUUUGAGGCGUUGGUGUUGUGUACCGUUUUUUGAUUAUUUUGAUUUGUGAGGGGAUGAGGUUUUGGUAAUGAGAUCUGUGAUUUUUGCGCUGUUUUGUGGAUUGUGAUUUGUGGAUCUGGAAAUAGGGCUUAUGAGAUUUUGUUGGGGAAUUGUUUGAGCUUCUGAUUGACUGAUUUUGACUUGACUGAUCGUUUGAUAUGGUGGCAGCAUUGUAAGAUGUUUUUUUUUUGCGUGGACGCUUAUUGUGGCCGCAAGUUUUAGUUUUUAUUUAUAAAAAUAGAUUAAUUUCUAAAAAAUCCAUUGUUAUUUGGAGUAUAAUUAUUUUUUUUAAAGUUAAUAAUGCCCAAACUUUUAAAAAUGACUUAAUUUCUUUUAUAUUCUCUUUUUACGAUGAAAAUUUAUAUUGCACUCAGUUUUGGAGGCUGUAUGAUUAUAUAGUAUAGAGCUUACAUACAUAUAUGAAGGAUUGGAUUCAGAAUAUGGAGUAUUAUUGAUUGAAAAGUGGGUAAUAUUGUAGUUAAAAUAAAAGGCAAUAACGAUAAUGAUUGACAGUCUCUGUGCAUGCAAAUUUGUUUUGUAGCUAAAAAUAUUAUUUUCAGUGACCCAAUUGAUCUUAGUUAUGUGUUUUGUAUUCAACAAUUUUUUUACUCCAUUCUUAUGAUCUUGUUCACAGAAGUAUCAUAGUUUAUAUAUGAAUAAGUAUUAUACGAUAUAUCUUGUUGCCAAUUUUUUUUUCAUAUCUUGCAUUUCAUAACUGACUGAGCAUUCUGAAAUUUGUGCUAGUGUGACAUAUAGAAUAAAAAUGAAUAAAUCAGGUGACAAAAACGAUGUUGGAGUACAUAUUAAGAACAAAAAUAUAGCCAAUGAAAGUAUUUAAGAUUGAGUGGCUAAAAAAUGCUAUCUUGUCACAAUAAAAAAACUCAACAAUUGCACUAUCGAUUUUAUGAAAAAUUUCAGUAUUUAAUUAUGUAAUCUGGAAAUUUAGUUAAGUAUUUUUGAUUUUUUAAUUAUUUAUUUUCAUUUUACAAAUAUCACAAUUUAAGUUUAUGUUCUUUUGUAUUUACUUCAUGUAAUGUUACAUAUUUUCUUUAUGUAAUUUUCAAAUUUUCAGUUUUUUAUUUUGAUUUUACAAAUAUUGUACACCUGUGCGGCACCGAUACGGAUACGUGUAUCCGUAUCCGAAGGAUACGGAUACGCGGGUACGGCUCUUUCCCAAACAACCUAAUACGCGGAUACGUUUUAACUAUUUUUUUAAUAAAUAAUAAUAGUGCAUAAUAAAUUACAAAAUUGAUAUUCUAAUUCAACAUAGAGACAUUAAAGGUCUAUUACACUCAAAAUAACAUGAUAGCAGCAGGUUCUAAAUUAGGAAAUAAUUAAACGGGAGAGAACGAUGUCAUACUGCUGAAAUUGAAAGCUCUAACAGGGGAAGUGUAACACCCCGACUUUUUCUACCAUUUUUAUUGUGUUUUUGAAAUUACCGUCAUUUGCGCAUCUGAAAAUAUUUUGCCGUUGUUCUUUUGUCGAGAAAAAGAUUUUACUCUUUGGACCAAAUAAUUAUUCUUUCGUAGCUCAAGUUGAAAAUGAGCCUAAAACAUAUAUUUAUUCUUUCUUUUGAGCCAAUUUUGGGAAGCCCAAUUUUUCCAUGAGAAUUCAACGGCCAACCCACAAUUUUUGUUCCACAAAAUCUGGCACUUAGCUCCACCAAAUCCCAACAACGAUUUGUUUAAAUAAACUCUUCCCUCACUCUUCUUUCGCAACACAAAACUGACACCGUAACUUUCUCCACCACCCUCCAAAAGCUCAACAAUUUAUAUAUAUACACAGCCCACAACUCCACGUUUCAUAUGAUUCAACUAAUUUAGCAACUAUCACUACUUUGAGAAACCGAUAGUUGAGCCGAAGAAAACACAAACUAGAAGGAAAACGCAGUCUGCAGAAAACAUAAUGGGUUAGAGAAGAAACCAAUCAAGAUCCAAUGAACAAUGGAUGAAUGUAUGAAAUAGAGAGAGAAAGGCAUGACAGCAGCGGUGAUGAGUUGUAUUAACGAGAGGGAGGGGGUGCGGUGAAUCGAGGAGAAGGCGAAGGACGACGUGCUGGCGGGGAGAGCAGCAACAGCAGCUGCUGCUCGGCAGCGAUGACACAGACGGGCAGAGGCGACGUCGCUGCCUGUGCUUCUCCGACAGUAGCAGAGAGGGCGAGGAGCAGGGGCUGACCGCGACUUCGAUGCGGUGACGGGCCGAACAGCGGUGGACAGCAGCGAUGAUGCUGGAGAAUUUCACUGAGGGAGUGACAGCGGCGGUGCGAGAAAGGCAUCGACGGAGACUCGCUGCGAUUCAGAUCUGAACGGCGGCGGGUAAGACCGCGAAAACUAACGGCGAUGCAGUUUCGGCAGACUGAGCGACGACGGAGGCAGAGGCGGCUGCCACGGAGGGGCGGUGCUGUAGUGAGGUAGAAGGAGAUGAGGAAAAGAUAGGGAUGGAAACGACGACGCGAGGGCGUGAGCUAGCAGAGAGAAACAUAGAUCAUGGAUUGGACUAUGAAUACAAGAAUGAUGGGGACAUGAAUAGACGGCCGGCGUCACCAGCGACGCCUCGGGCGGCCACAAAAAUUUCGAAAGAGAAAAAGGACUAGCUCUGCGAUACAUUAAGGUCGAAGUACGGAAAUCGGAGUUAAGCAAACUCUUAAGUGAACGAGAACAAUAAGAAAUGGCCGAAGCCGAGGAUAUUCAGCCCCUUGUCUGUGACAAUGGAACCGGAAUGGUCAAGGCCGGAUUUGCUGGAGAUGAUGCUCCGAGGGCUGUAUUCCCCAGCAUUGUUGGACGUCCUCGUCACACUGGUGUGAUGGUUGGCAUGGGCCAAAAAGAUGCUUAUGUUGGUGAUGAGGCUCAAUCCAAGAGAGGUAUCUUGACAUUGAAGUAUCCAAUUGAGCAUGGAAUUGUCAGCAACUGGGAUGAUAUGGAGAAAAUAUGGCAUCACACUUUCUACAAUGAACUGCGUGUGGCCCCAGAAGAGCAUCCGAUUCUCUUGACAGAGGCCCCUCUUAACCCCAAGGCCAAUCGUGAAAAGAUGACUCAGAUCAUGUUCGAGACAUUUAAUGCCCCUGCCAUGUAUGUCGCCAUUCAGGCAGUUCUCUCCCUUUAUGCCAGUGGUCGUACAACUGGUAUUGUUCUCGACUCUGGUGAUGGUGUGAGCCAUACAGUCCCCAUCUACGAAGGUUAUGCACUCCCUCAUGCGAUCCUCCGUCUUGAUCUGGCUGGGCGCGAUCUGACUGACCACCUCAUGAAGAUAUUGACUGAGAGAGGCUACUCUUUCACCACCACUGCAGAGCGAGAAAUUGUUAGGGACAUUAAAGAGAAGCUGGCUUACAUUGCUCUGGACUACGAGCAAGAGAUUGAAACGUCCAGGACCAGCUCUGCUGUGGAGAAGAACUACGAGCUUCCCGAUGGACAAGUGAUCACCAUUGGUGCUGAAAGAUUCCGGUGCCCUGAGGUCCUCUUCCAGCCAUCAAUGAUCGGAAUGGAAGCAGCUGGUAUUCAUGAGACCACUUACAACUCUAUCAUGAAGUGUGAUGUUGACAUCAGGAAGGAUCUGUAUGGAAACAUCGUCCUCAGUGGUGGCUCGACCAUGUUCCCUGGUAUUGCUGACAGGAUGAGCAAGGAGAUCACCGCUCUAGCACCGAGCAGCAUGAAGAUUAAGGUGGUGGCUCCUCCUGAGAGGAAGUACAGUGUCUGGAUCGGAGGUUCCAUCUUGGCUUCUCUCAGCACGUUCCAGCAGAUGUGGAUUGCCAAGGCAGAGUACGAUGAAUCUGGGCCGUCGAUUGUCCACAGAAAGUGCUUCUAAGAAGAUCAUGGCUGGUGGAGAGAUUUGGGAUGCUGCUAUUUGCUUUUCCUUGUUAGUUUCUUGUGUUUUAUUAUUUGCUAUGAGCUUUUUAAAUUCUUAAGCUUUGGACAUGGUGGCGAUAUUUCUUUUAUCCCAUUUAUAUUAAUGUUAGAAGAGUUUGUGUAUCAA